CACUGUUUCGCGCACAGUAGUGCCCUAACCACAACUGGGCGGCACACAACAUGCAGGCUGUCUGUCUGUCCGUCUGUCCAUCCAUCCAUCCAUCCAUCCAUCCAUCCACAAGCACCAGUGUUUUCUGGCCUGCGUGUGUCAUGUAGGUAUGUCACUCGACGGUCAUGCUGCCCAGUGUUGCUCGCGGCUCGACGCCCUUGUCGCGCAGCCCCUUGCACAUGGCCACCUUCCACCCCAGCUUGAGCUGCAUGCUGCCCCCUGGCCACUCCCGCAGAAGACCGUCGAUCCACAGAUAAUCGGCAUACGACGCCUUGUGCAGGUCGAGAAUCUCAUCAAGCGCCUGGCCCGAAACCUCCUCCUAGCAGACAGACAUUGCACCAACCAGCCAGAUAAAGAAGGUAGGCAGGCGGCCAUGCCAUGGGUGUGCUGUCUUUGUCACUCAGGUCGCCUACCUCCAGCAGGGUCGGUGCGAUCUCUUGCAGUUUCUUGUACUUCUUGCCGGCGUCCAUGAGUUUGGCAUGCACCUUGUCGGCACUCAGCUCUGCCAAUGGCACCUUCUUGCUCCUCUCCACUGCCUCAAUGUCGCCGCUGCCUCUGCGGUCGGGCGUCAGGAACAUAUAGAGCUGAAUGGCUGGGCCGGCCCGCAUGCCCCACUGCUCGCGCAUCGUCUGGACAUCACGAUUCUCAACCAGCACCUGCAUCAGCGUGUCCGCAUCCAACUGGUGCUGUACACAGGAAGGGCAGCAUGGCAUGGCGCACAGAGUCAGUGACAGGACAGACAAAGACUUUCCUUCUGUGUGUGGCUCACUGCAACGAUGACCGACGCCAGCUUUUGAACUUCGGGUACAUCGCUGGACCGCAUGCGCUUUGCCAGCUUCUUCACCGCCUCAGGGGCGGCAGCAGCCACCUCUGGUGCCUCAUUUCCUCUCGCAGCAGCAGCACCCUGCGUCACGUUCACCUCGAUCAGCGGCGGAAUGGCGCCUUGCUUCCGAGCCUUGGAUGCGCGCCCUUUCUUGGGAGGGAUGGCGGCGGCUCUCUUGCGGCUCGACGGCCUCUUGGGCACGUAGUCCUCUUCGUCGAACUCGGGCUGGUACUCAUCCUCCAUCUCCUCACCACCUGCCGACUCAUCCUCGGGCACGUAAUCUUCGUCCAUGUCGGGGCAGAGAGAAGGGAAAGAACUUCG